AUGAAUGAGCAAAGAGAUGAACAUUCGGAGAAGGGGCAGGAACAAAAGAGCUGGUACUCAGGGACGUGGGAGAAGAGGACACCUCACAUGAGGCUGCAGCUGGUGUGGCCGCUCCAGAGUCCUGGCUCCUUCUCCAUUGCCGGGCACCAGGUGCUCCGAAUCUCUGUGGCCGAUGAAGCCCAGGUGCAGACGGUGAAGGAGCUGGAGGACCUGGAGCACCUACAGCUGGACUUUUGGAGAGGCCCUGCCCAGCCAGGCUCCCCCAUCGACGUCCGAGUGCCCUUCCCCAGCAUCCAGGCUGUCAAAGUCUUCCUGGAGGCCCAUGGCAUCAGAUACACAGUCAUGAUAGAGGAUGUGCAGUCGCUGCUGGACGAGGAGCAGGAGGAGAUGUUCGCCUCCCAGAGCUGGGCCCGCAGCACUAACACCUUUAACUAUGCCACCUACCACACACUGCAGGAGAUCUAUGACUUCAUGGACUUGCUGGCGGCCGAGCACCCACAGCUUGUCAGCAAGCUCCAGAUCGGCAGCAGCUACGAAGGCCGUCCCAUCUACGUGCUGAAGUUCAGCACCGGGGGGAACAACCGUCCAGCCAUCUGGAUUGACACGGGCAUCCAUUCUCGGGAGUGGGUCACCCAGGCCAGUGGGGUCUGGUUUGCAAAGAAGAUCACACAAGACUAUGGCCAGGACCCGACUUUGACUGCCAUUCUGGACAACAUGGACAUAUUCUUGGAGAUCGUCACCAACCCUGAUGGUUUUGCCUUCACCCACAGCAAGAAUCGAUUGUGGCGCAAGACUCGAUCCCUGACGUCGGGCUCCACCUGCAUUGGGGUGGACCCCAACAGGAACUGGGACGCUGGCUUUGGGAAGGCGGGAGCCAGCAGCAACCCCUGCUCGGAAACUUACCGUGGCAAGUUUGCCAAUUCCGAAGUGGAGGUCAAGUCCAUCGUGGACUUUGUGAAAGACCACAGGAACAUCAAGGCCUUCAUCUCCAUCCACAGCUACUCCCAGCUCCUCUUGUAUCCCUUUGGCUACAAAAAAGAAUCACCUGCAGACAAGGAUGAGCUGGAUCAGGUGGCUAGGUCUGCUGUUGAGGCCCUGACCUCUCUGUAUGGGACCAAGUUCAAGUAUGGCAGCAUCAUCACAACAAUUUACCAAGCCAGUGGAGGCACCAUUGACUGGACCUACAACCAGGGCAUCAAGUACUCCUUCACCUUCGAGCUCCGGGACACCGGGCGCUAUGGCUUCCUGCUGCCGGCCUCCCAGAUCGUCCCCACGGCCCAGGAGACAUGGCUGGCGCUUCUGACCAUCAUGGAGCACACGCUGAAUCACCCCUACUGA